GGGUGGUGCGGUGCGGAAGCGGAAGUUGAGGGUGCGCUUGGCGGCGGCGGCGGGAGCGGCGGAGUCGGGAAUCAAAACAAAGGGCCUGGGGGGGCGGGGGGAAGGCGGUGGGGCCGGAAUGUGAGCCGAGGUGGAGCUGGCGGCUGAGGGUGGAAGAAUGAAAGAAAAGAAAGAUGAAAGCAUGUUGAACCACUUUGUGUGGCUGUAUGAUGGAAGGAAACGGAACUGAGAACUCCUGCAGUAGAACACCUGGAUGGCUUCAACAAGAUAAUGACGCUAAGCCAUGGCUUUGGAAAUUCUCUAAUUGCUUUUCGGGUCCCGAGCAGACGUUGCCACUUAGUCCCCAAACGAAAGAUUACAUGGAGAACAAGAAAGUUGCUGUGGAAUUAAAGGACGUGCCAUCUCCCCUUCAUGCUGGCUCUGCGCUUUUUCCAGCAGUCCCACUUCCAGAUAUUCAUUCUCUUCAGCAACCUAAAAUACAGCUUUCAGCUGUCCCCAAAGUAAGCUGCUGUGCUCAUUGCACUAAUGAACCCUCCACUUCACCAAUGCAUUGUGGCGGUGGCGGUGGCAGUGGUGGAGGAACCAGUAGUUUGAUUCACAGGGGCGCACUGUUAGACUCGCAGAGCAGCAGGACAGUCACGUGUCAGGUGGGGUCAGGCUUUGCUUUCCAGUCUGCGUCUUCACUCCAGAAUGCCUCAGCUAGGAACAGUUUGGCCGGCACUGCAAGUGACUUCCCCGGCAUGUGUCUAGAAAGUAAUCUCUCUUCCUGCCAACACCUGCCCUGUUGUGGAAAGCUCCACUUCCAGUCGUGCCAUGGGAACGUGCACAAGCUGCACCCGUUCCCGGCUCUCCAGGGCUGCACCUCCUCUGGCUACUUCCCCUGUCCUGACUUCACAAGUGGGGCUCCGGGGCAUUUGGAAGAGCACGUUUCACAGCCGGAGCUAGUGCCUCACCUAUGCACCAAGUCUCUGCACCUAAAUGUGGUCCCUCCGGUGUGUUUAAAGGGCUCCCUGUACUGCGAAGACUGUCUAAACAAGCCGGCAAGAAAUAGUAUAAUCGCUGCUGCUAAAGUCUGGCCAAAUAUACCACCUCCAAAUGCGCAAACUGCACCUGUUACUGUUCCUCUGUGUAACGGCUGCGGAGCCAAAGGAUCAGGGAAGGAGACCCCGUUGUCACUGGCGACCAGUCUAGGCAAAGCUACUUCGAAAUUUGGGUCACCAGAAGUUGCACUAGCCGGACAGGUGCUAGAAAACUUACCCCCCAUUGGAGUUUUUUGGGAUAUUGAAAACUGCUCUGUUCCCUCUGGCCGCUCAGCAACUGCUGUUGUACAGAGAAUCCGUGAGAAGUUUUUUAAAGGCCACAGAGAAGCUGAAUUCAUCUGUGUGUGUGACAUCAGUAAAGAAAACAAAGAAGUUAUUCAAGAGCUAAAUAAUUGUCAGGUAACCGUCGCCCACAUCAAUGCCACUGCCAAGAAUGCUGCUGAUGACAAACUUCGCCAGAGUCUCCGAAGGUUUGCAAACACGCACACCGCUCCCGCCACUGUGGUUCUUGUGUCAACUGAUGUCAACUUUGCAUUGGAACUUAGUGACCUGAGACACAGGCAUGGUUUCCACAUAAUCUUGGUCCAUAAAAACCAGGCCUCAGAAGCUCUACUGCAUCAUGCUAAUGAGCUGAUCAGAUUUGAAGAAUUCAUUUCCGACUUGCCCCCCAGGUUACCACUAAAAAUGCCACAGUGCCACACUCUGCUCUAUGUCUAUAACCUACCAGCAAAUAAAGACGGCAAGAGCGUCAGCAACAGGCUCCGACGCCUGUCUGAUAACUGUGGUGGCAAAGUGCUGAGCAUCGCCGGCUGCAGUGCCGUCCUCCGCUUCGUAAACCAGGACAGUGCAGAGCGGGCUCAGAAGCGAAUGGAAAAUGAAGAUGUCUUUGGGAAUAGAAUCGUCGUGUCGUUUACUCCAAAACAUCGAGAGCUCUGUGAAACAAAGAGUUCAAGUGCAGUUACCGAGAAAGCGAAGUCUCCCAAAAAGCUUAAGAAUCCAAAAUUGUGCCUCAUCAGAGAUGCAAGUGAACAGCCUGCCAGUGCCAAAGCCAUGCCUGGAAAAGGGGCGCAGGCAAAUUCUGGAUCUGCUAUAAAAAUCACAAAUGUGAAAAGUUUGCAGGAGCUGUGCCGCAUGGAGCCAAAGACUGGCACGAGGAACAGCGAGCCCCAGCAGGGUAACCCGAGGCUGGUGGCACCUCCUCACAGAAACUCGAGUGCUAUAGCACCCACACCGAAAAACUGCGGGAUGGCAGACUCCGUUUACAAAACCAAUCUGAAAAAAGAGAACCUCAGUGCCCGAAGUGUUACCAGUUCUCCUGUGGAGAAAAAAGACAAAGAGGGGACUUUGUUCCAAGUGAGUUGCCCAUCUGCUUUUAGCAAGUUGGUUGCAUCAAGGCAGGUUGGUCCUCUGCUCACAUCGCCGUCUUGGUCGUCUCGAGCCUCCCCACUUGCUUUCAACGUUGCAACUUCGAGCAUCAGUGCCGACAGCCCAGACCCGUUUGCAAAUGGUGCUGACAUCCAGGUCAGCAACUUAGACUACAGGUUAUCCCGGAAGGAGCUGCAGCAGCUCAUGCAGGAAGCGUUUUCCAGGCACGGCAAGGUGAAGAGCGUUGAGCUCAGCCCCCACACGGAUUAUCAGCUCAAGGCUGUCGUUCAGAUGGAAAACUUACAAGAAGCAAUCAGUGCGGUGAACAGCCUCCAUAGAUACAAAAUUGGCAGCAAGAAGAUCCUGGUCUCACUUGCCACAGGAGCUGCUAAUAAAUCACUCUCUUUACUGAGUGCCGAAACAAUGUCUGUUCUUCAGGAUGCUCCCGCCUGUUGUCUGCCUCUUUUUAAAUUUACAGAUAUCUAUGAAAAAAAGUUUGGACACAAGUUGAAUGUGUCAGAUUUAUAUAAAUUAACAGACACAGUCGUAAUCCGUGAGCACGGAAACGGAAGACUGGUGUGUCUCUUACCCAACGGCCAAGCUCGACAGAGCCCGCUGGGAUCUUCCCAGUCACGUGAUGGCUCCUCCACCACCUGCAGCCCAAUUAUAUUUGAGGAGUUAGAAUAUCAUGAGCCUAUCUGCAGACAGCAUUGUUCCAGUAAGGAUUUCAGUGAACAUGAAUUUGAUCCGGACUGUUACAAGAUUCCUUUUGUGAUUCUCUCUCUGAAGACGUUUGCGCCCCAGGUUCACAGUCUUCUGCAGACACACGAGGGCACUGUACCGUUAUUAAGCUUUCCAGAUUGUUACGCCGCAGAGUUUGGCGAACUGGAAGUAGUGCAAGAAAACCGAGGGGGGGUUCCCUUAGAACACCUCAUCACCUGUGUUCCAGGUGUCAACAUUGCCACUGCACAGAAUGGUGUCAAAGUCGUGAAGUGGAUUCACAACAAGCCCCCACCUCCAAACACAGACCCUUGGCUUCUGCGUUCUAAAAGUCCUGUAGGUAACCCCCAGCUGAUCCAGUUCAGUAGAGAAGUGAUUGACUUACUGAAGAGCCAACCAUCCUGUGUCAUACCAAUUAGUAACUUCAUCCCAUCCUAUCACCACCAUUUUGCAAAGCAAUGCCGGGUAUCAGACUAUGGAUAUUCCAAGCUGAUUGAAUUAUUAGAGGCAGUACCUCAUGUGCUGCAGAUUCUCGGAAUGGGCUCCAAACGUUUGUUGACCCUUACACACAGGGCCCAGGUGAAGCGUUUCACUCAGGACUUACUCAAACUUCUCAAAUCCCAGGCCAGCAAACAGGUCAUCGUGAGAGAAUUCUCACAGGCUUAUCACUGGUGUUUCUCAAAGGACUGGGAAGUCACUGAAUAUGGGGUCUGUGAGUUGAUGGACAUCCUGUCAGAGAUUCCAGACACAACUAUCUGCUUGUCCCAGCAAGAGAACGAAAUGGUGAUCUGUAUCCCCAAGAGAGAACGUACCCAGGAUGAAAUAGAAAGGACAAAACAGUUCUCCCGGGAUGUUGUUGAUCUGCUGAGGCACCAGCCCCAUUUCCGGAUGCCUUUCAAUAAAUUCAUCCCCUCCUACCAUCACCACUUUGGCCGACAGUGCAAACUCGCAUACUAUGGGUUUACCAAACUACUUGAACUUUUUGAAGCCAUACCUGAUAUUCUACAAGUACUGGAAUGUGGAGAAGAAAAAAUCCUCACUUUGACAGAAGUAGAACGAUUCAAAGCUCUGGCUGCCCAGUUUGUUAAGCUCCUCCGGUCCCAGAAAGAUAACUGCCUUAUGAUGACAGACCUGCUCACAGAAUAUGCCAAAACUUUUGGUUACACAUUUCGUCUCCAGGACUAUGAUGUCAGCUCAGUGUCCGCUUUAACACAGAAACUCUGCCAUGUUAUAAAGGUGGCUGACAUGGAAUCCGGCAAACAGAUCCAGCUCAUCAACCGCAAGUCCCUGCGCUCUCUCACUGCCCAGUUACUGGUGUUGCUGAUGUCUUGGGAAGGGACCACCUGUCUUUCUGUGGAGGAGCUCAGGAGACAUUACGAAGCCCUGCACAGCACUCCUCUCAACCCCCGUGAAUAUGGAUUCAUGACCUUGACCGAACUUCUGAAGAGUCUGCCUUACUUAGUUGAGGUUUUCACUAAUGAUAAGACAGAGGAGUGUGUGCAGCUCACCAGUCUGUACUUGUUUGCCAAGAACGUGCGGUCAUUACUUCACACUUACCACUACCAGCAGCUUUUCCUUCAUGAAUUUUCCGUGGCCUAUAGCAAGUAUGUCGGAGAAGCACUGCAGCCUAAGACUUACGGCUACGGCAGCGUGGAGGAGCUCCUGGGAGCCAUCCCACAGGUGGUCUGGAUAAAAGGACAUGGUCAUAAGAGGAUUGUAGUGUUAAAAAAUGACAUGAAAAGUCGGCUUUCCCCCCCCAGUCAUGAGAACCAGCCGUCAGCUCCUGAGCGUCUCCUGGAGGUGCCUGAAUCUCACCCAGCCGUGGAACUCAAACUUGGAGCAGGUGGUGAUGGCUUGGAAAGAAAGCCGGAGGCACGAGCCGGUGGACUGCCGCCCCAGCAGCCACAGCCUGUCUUCUCUGCAGGGCCCCGGCCGACGGAGCGCGAGCUCCUCCGCCUGACCACCGCGUCUCCUGUGGACCUCCUGUGUGCCCCCGUCCCCUCCUGCCUGCCGUCCCCUCAGCUGAGACCGGACCCUGUCAUCCUCCAGUCUGCUGAUCUCAUUCAGUUUGAGGAACAGCCUCAAGAGGCUUCUGAAAUUAUGAUUUUAAGCCAGGAAGAGAACAUUGAAAUUCCAGUAAAUAACGAAAAGCCGACCUCUGCCUCCAGCUCCUCUUGCAUCUCAGCUGCUGUCCCUCUGCCUCCCUGCCCCUCCUCGGAAGCCCCCGAGUCGCAGCUCAGCAAGGACCCUGUGGAAAGCCCAGCCAAAAAGCAACCCAAAAAUAGAGUAAAACUGGCAGCCAACUUCUCCUUCGCACCUAUAACCAAGCUUUGAUUCAAUCUGAACCUAGAACUAGGGUGGGAAAACACUGUCUGAUUCUGCACACAAAAGUGGGCUCAAAAACACAGUCUUUGCUGUUUCCAUAAUGUUUUGUUUCUUUCACAUGGAACCUAGCUUUGAGCUGAAGUUUUUCUUUUUCUCCCUCCCCCAAUUAUUUGGAAAAAAACAAAACUUCUGACAUUUGUUAAAGAAUCCUUAAUAUAUUUUACCAAAUUUUUUUAAAUUACAAACUAUGGUGGUAUUCCAUACGCAGAAAGCAGUAAGAACUCGGCUGAAAGGAAGUGGUUUUACUUCCAUUAAGGCCCAUCAGUGGUCUAAUCCCACACGUAGCGUAAUUUAGUCUCUAAGCCUUUGCUUAUUGAUGUUUUCAGACAGUAUUAUCAUUUGCAUGACGUGACUUGAAGCAAAGCCUGGUCAGUGACUGCGUGUUCACACCCCGAAGGAGAAGGUGGGCCGGGAGGUGAGAAUGUAUUUUCAGGUUGCAUGUGAAGGUUCCUGGCUCCCAUGUGACUUGUAAGCGUGCCUUGAUUUUUAUUUAACUGUGUCUGUAGUUGACAAGUGUGGCUUCAUUACAAAAUCUUUUAAAUGUUUCCACUUUGGGGUUCCAUGGAGGAGCUUUCUAGAAAGUUGAGGAUGUUUUAAGCUUCCCUUUUAUGUUAAGUUCCAGUUGGAUGUGCAGCAGGUGAAGGACGAGGAGUUGGUCUUGGUGUCGUGAGUUUAAAGUCAGCACUUGAAUUCCGGCACACGUCAUUGUGUGUCGAGGGGCAAUGUUGGGAAGAGAGUCUGAUUUUCUAAAAUAUGCAUCAAAUGCAUAAAUUACAAAUCAGAGCUGAGGGGAGGUGCUUUAACAGGGGCAGUAUCGAUACUCUUUCCACUAGGAAGACACAGAAAUUCUAUCCAUACACAUGAAGGCCAAGGUUGAUCAACUGAACCUUGUUUUUGUAAUUUUAAUGCUGGUUUUGGUAGCUGGGAAGCUUUAUGUGUGAGUAUGUGUUUGUGUGUCUUUUAAUAGUGUCUGCUUUUACUCUGUUACUUCUCGCUGUUGGAAGCAUGUCCAGGAUUUUUGUGGUGUCUGAUGUUGGCAUUUGAGAAAAGCCAGCCUUUGAGGGAGCACUGCCCUGGGGAAUGAUCUUCGCCCUGAGGUGGCUGAGGCAUCCAGUGACGGGUGGCCUCUCACCCCUCCUGGAGAAACCUGACAUUUACAAUGGGUUGUAUUUGUUGGGCAAAAAGGCGGAUUCAUUCAUAGAGCAGAACCUGUUGGCAGGUCUUCCACUAGUUAGAUGGUUUCUUUGGGGGAAAUGUUUAUAUUUUGUGAUUUCUAGAAAGCCAGAAAAUGGGCUCUGAUUUCAUAGCCAGCAUUUUGAUAAAAUGCCACAAAAUAAGGGCUAUAGAGAGAUUGUUACAAGUUAGAUUUUUGUUCCCCAAAUCUUUUAAAUGAAGCCAGUGAUUCCCAGUUCUCAGCAUGUGGCCCCAAUCAAGAUGGAACAACACUGGAAAAGUCUUCCAAGCGUGAUGGCAGUCUACAAAUCCCUCUGAAGGCAUUUCCUCUACAGACAUAGUGUGACAGGAAGUACAAUGCAAACGUGCAAUUUUUUUUAAAGAAGCUUUUAAACUGUGUGAUAUAGUUGGUGUUGAGAACAUCAGUUCCCUUAUUCUGAGAUUUCAUAAGGCUGAGUUUGCACACUGGGACUUUGGUUUUGCUCGCAUGUAAAGAAUAGUGGACAUUAAAAAUGUAAGAGGUACCAUUACAAGUCACUGGGAACAGUCUCAAAGAACAGCUUCUUUGGGCGGCAAAGAGACUGAAAUCGUGCGCUGUUGUGUGAGUGUGGUCGCAUCCUUUGCUGGAGGUGCCAGUCAGCUUGAGAGGCGCGUGUGACUCUCACAGUCGCUGUUUGAAGACAGAAUGUAGCGCGAGCUCAUGUUCGUGAUGUACUCCACAGUGGCCAGUCCAAUUGCUAUCUAUUUUUUUAUCCAGAGGCUUAAUUAAAUGAUAUAAAAUGAUGUAUGAGAAUUAAGACAAUGAAAUUCUUUAUUUCUAGGUGGAAAGAUGUACCUGGAUAGGUUUAUCUGUUUAAAAAGAAGACGUUAUCACCAAAAGCCCCUUUCCCGUCUUGCACUGUUAGUUUUGGAUUGGGCUUGGGGGAAGAGAUGUUUUUCUUAACCGUCUACUUUGUUUGAUUACUUCUUUUGUGGUUCAAGUGCUGUUUUGUGUGUUGGGACCAAACAGUUGUCAAUAAACUUUACAAGCAACCA